UGGUGGGAGGCCAGUUGAUAUCUGACUCAGGCGGAGAUAGCAGCGCCCGUUUCUUUCAAGAGUUAAAACUUGACGAGUUGUAAACAUAACCUUAACUGUGCAGUGUGUGAAAGAUAAUGGUCAAGUGAUGCUCUGAUCAAGGAAAAAACACUGAUUUAGUGCCACUAGUUGGGCGCCAAUAUCAAUCACGGUGACGUUCCAAAAUGCAGUGGAUUUUUACAAGACGAAAACUCCUCAUACUAGCGACAUUACUUUUGAAUGUCAUCCAUACAGCAAAAUGUGAUAUUACUGUAUCAGAAAAUGACUUAACUGUGCAAAUUGACUCCUCAGCCAAGUUCAAUCUCCUAGUCAGAAACAAUACACAAACGACGCCAUUCCCUAUUCAUUUUGAAAUACAACAUACAGAUAUCGUUCGUGUGAAGCCCUCUUCAGUCACCAUAAAUACUACGGGAGAUAGCAGUAUUGAAAUAACUGUAGAAGCUAUCGGUGCCGGUCAUUCAGAAGUAGCCGCUAAUGCAACGGCCACCAUAUACGAUCAGAACGCGUUUGUUCGCGUAACCGUGUAUAAAGUCAGUGGACUUGACAUAUUUUCGGAAGUCAUUGGUUGGAUAUACUUUGUCGCAUGGUCUAUCUCUUUCUACCCUCAGAUCUACAUCAACUUUCGACGAAAAAGUGUAGUGGGUCUAAACUUUGACUUCCUCGCCCUUAACAUUGUCGGUUUUGUGCUCUACUCGGUUUUCAACUUGGGGCUGUAUUUUAUUCCAGAGAUUGAAGAUGAGUACUUCAUUAGGUACCCCAGGGGCCUAAAUCCAGUCCAAGUCAACGACAUCGUCUUCGCUGUACAUGCAGCAGCAGCCACGGUAUUUACGAUCGGGCAGUGCUUUUUUUACGAACGAGCUGACCAAAGAGUAUCGCUGACGGCCCGAGGGAUUUUGGGUAUUUUUGGUUUAUUUCUUUUCAUCAGUAUUAUUUUGGCGGGUACUGAUGUUAUUCAUUGGUUGGACUUUUUGUAUUAUUGCUCCUACGUGAAACUUGCCAUUACGCUUAUCAAAUAUGUGCCUCAGGCGUACAUGAAUUAUAAACGGAAAAGUACAGUGGGGUGGAGCAUUGGCAACAUUUUCCUCGAUUUCACUGGGGGAAUGUUGAGCAUGCUCCAAAUGAUUGUUAAUUCAUAUAAUUACGACGACUGGGUUUCUAUAUUUGGUGACCCGACAAAAUUCGGGUUAGGACUUUUCUCCGUCGUUUUCGAUAUUUUCUUCAUCAUUCAGCAUUACGUCUUAUAUAGACACAGUAAUUAUGAACAAAAGUGAAGCAAGGUAUUUGUUACAAGACUAAUCAAAAAGAUAUAUUUUGUUACAUAUUUAUUGUGAUUGUAAAGUACUCUGUUAAGAAAAUAAACUAUUUUAUAUACAUAA